AUGGACUCCUUAGGCAUGCAGGAGGAUGUGGAAAGCCUGCAUCACCACCUGGUGGGGCUGCUCAGUGAGGACUUUGAAUGGCUGAUCUCAAAGGCCAAGUUCUAUCUGCCUGGCCUAGACCUGGCUCCAGUAGACAAGGUUCCAGACCUCACCCAAAAAGUCUCCUUGCUCCUCAGCCAUCUGGGAUCUCAUGGCCCCUCUAUAUGGCGAUCAUUCAUCAAUUGUGUCUGCAUGGAACAUAAUAUGCCUCUAUAUCUGGAGACCACGUUGAUGAGUGUCUGGGGUACAAGCAAUGGUAAGUACUCUAGAAUGGCUGAGCUCAAAGGGAAGGGCCCUAUUAUUCACGAUGUCACCCUGAAAGGAACCUCACAUGAAUGGAGGCAGGCCCAGUAUAAUGGAAAGAACCCUAGAUUUCAAAUCAGGCAAGAGAACCAGGUGUUAGGUACCAACUCUGCUACUGAUCAUCUGCGUAACAAGGCUCCGAACCAGAAUAGUUACCUCCAGAACAGCGAAGAUACACUCGCCAAGUCCCAGCUCCUUCAUUCAGGCCUCAAGAGACCAUCUCCUGAGAAAGGCUCCUCACCUCGUCGAAAAUGGCCCAGGCAGCAGCAACUAGAAUCAGCCAGAAGGUAUGAGAGGCUCCUGAGGGCUUAUCUCCAGCAGAGAUAUGGGAGUGCACAAACAAGAGCUGCCAUGCCCAGGCAAGGACGGCCAUUCUCAUUCAGCCAGACUUAUGUGGAGCCAGUUGUACGUCGGGGCAAGGUAGCCUGGCUGAAGGAGAACCCAGAGAAAACACAGGGUGAUGCUUCUGAGGGAGAGGAUGGGGCUAACUUGAAGGUGCAAGACUUAUUCAAGAGCCAUUCAGGCACAGGCACCAAGGUAAUAGUCGUGCUUGGGAAGCCAGGGGCAGGAAAGAGCAUGUUGAUGCAUCGAAUCUGCCAGAAGUGGGCAGAUGGUGAGCUGGACCAGUUCAGUAAGGUCUUCAUCUUUGAAUUUCGCCAGCUUAACCUAGUGAAGCAGGAACUAACCCUUCUGCAGCUCCUCUUUGAGUUAUACCUGAGCCCAGAGGAUGAGCCAGGUGCCAUCUUCCAUCAUCUGCAGGAGAAUGCCCAUCGAGUUCUGCUAGUCUUUGAUGGACUGGAUGAAUUCCUCUUCCCCUGGCCUAAUAAAGGCUCUAAAGUUGACCUAGACCCUACCCAGCCUCUGACUGUCUCCACACUAUUCUCUAGCCUCUGUAAUGGAUCUCUCUUGCCAGGCUGCUGGGUGGUAACCACUUCCCGCCCCGGGAAGAUCCCACCUUUCUUGCUGACUACAGCCACAUCAGUGUUUGAGGUCUGGGGCUUUGACUGGCCGCAGAUCGAGAAGUACGUCAGCAACUUCUUCCAUGGACUACCCUCCGGGAACAAGGCCCUCACCCAGCUCAGGGACAAUGCCCGGCUCCAGAGCCUGUGCUCUGUCCCAGCUCUGUGCUGUAUCAUCUGCAUUUGUCUCUAUCACCUCUUGCUCCAGGGAAAUACUAUGAACUUCCCAACAACAGUCACCCAAUUCUAUAUGCAAAUGCUCCAUAUCUUUGUCAAUCGAAAGCAGGGGGCCUGUGGGGACAAGGACACCUGGCUAAGCAAGAACUCCCAGGCUGUUCUGGGUCUUGGUGAAUUAGCCCUUACGGGGCUAAAGACCAUGCAAGUAGUAUUCUACCCAAGUGAUAUUCCUGAACAGGUGCUGGCCUUCGCAGCAACUUACAACCUACUGUCCUCCUUCAGGGUAAAGACAGGAAUCAGUCAGCAAGAGACAUGCUAUGCCUUUGUCCACCUCAGCCUACAAGAGUUCUUUGCAGCCCUGUAUCUGAUGGUGAGCCCCACCAUAGGUGAGCCUGAGCUGCGCCACCACUUUUUCCUCAAGUCCAAAUGGUCCCUGAGGACUGAAGCCAAGACAGAACUCUUGGAUCGAUUCCAUACCUUUUUGUCGGGCUUCUCUUCCCAAACCUACCAGGCUUUCCUGAGUCAGCUGUCACAACAGGGUGAAGCCUGGAUUGGUACCAAGCAGGCAGCCAUCCGACAGGUGUUACAAAGGUUGGCAGCCCGAAGCCUAACAGGUCCCAAAAUGAUAGAGCUGUGCCACUGUGUGGUGGAGACCCAGGACCCUGAGCUGGUUAAGCAGGCUAGCAAGCACCUUCCUUUCAGUCUGGAUUUCCAUAAUUUCCCUCUGACCCACACCGAUUUGGCGGCACUGACCUCUCUCAUCAACCAUGCUCCUACAUCUGUCCAUCUCGUUUUUUCUGGCUGUUCUUUGGAACCUCGGUGUCUCGAUGCUCUUGCUGACUGUGAGAAGAUUGAGAGUCUCAGUGUUAGAAGCCGGAAGUGCAGAGAUGCUUUUGCCAAAGCCCUUUCCAGGACGUUGCCAACAAUGGGAAAACUGAAGAAAUUGGAGUUAACUGGAAAUAACAUCUCAGUUGGGGGUAUUGAUCACCUGGUACAAGCGUUUACAGACUGUCUUCAACUGGAAGAGAUUAAUUACCUAUCUCCUCUGAGCUUGGCAGUGUGCUCUGAGAUUCACAAUAAGGAGGAUCCCAAGAUUAGUCAGCCUCGAGGUAAUGAUGUGUCCUGUUUCAGUUUGCAGGACAAUAGAUUGAAUGAUCCUGCAUGUCUAAGAGUCAUCGAGUCACUCCACAACAUGCAACAGUUACAGAAAAUUGACUUAAGCCGAAAUUCAGUCUCUGUCCAGACAGUCCUUGCCUUGGUAAAGAAAGCAAUUUCUUACCCACAGAUCACCACCUUGGAGAUUAGAUCCCAGAAGGAGAAGAAAAAUGAGCCCCAAGAUAAGGUGGUGACUCAGGACAGAAACCUAAUAUUCAGGCUUCAGAAAUGUAACCUUGCUGUCCACCAUGCAAAGGAAAUUGCUGAGAUGCUCAAGCACAGGCCCUUCCUGGAAGAAGUGGAUUUAUCAGGGAACCGACUGGAAGAUGAAGGAUGCCAAAAACUAGCCAAGAUCCUGCCUGAUUUGCAAAUCACCAAACAGUUUAACAUCAGUGAUAAUGGGCUCUCUCAGACCAGUGUAUAUUGCUUGCUGACAUCAGCCAACGCCUGCAAGAAUGUGGUGGAGCUAGAUAUCAGCCUGAAGAACAAAACUGCCAUCCUCAAAUUUGCUGAAGAUCAGGAGCAGGAUCAAACCCAAUCCAGUGUGGACUGUAUCUGUCUAUUCCAGCUUAUAGCAUCAGAGGGUACCUGCUAUAAGAGCUACAGUUUCAGUCACUCAGCUAUCCAAGAACAGCCCCGAGCUGCCAUCUCCUUCUGCCAGGGUGAUCAGAGUGAGGAGUUAGAGACCUAUGGUUUUGUCAUUGUUCUCUACAGACUAAGACACUGUGGUUUCCACUCCAAGGACCUUGAGAAGCUGUGUGGGGAGCUGAGCAAUUGCAGCCAUCUUGACUUAUCCAACAACUGUUUGGGCAGCAAAGGCAUUGAGAAACUGACUCACUUCCUCCCAGGCCUGAGAUCCCUGCAGUUGCUGACUUUGAAUGAGAAUAGAGCAUCUUUGGAAGCUGUGUUCUGCUUAGCCUCAACCUUCUCUAACCUGGAGUGGAUCUAUGAGGUAGAUAUCAGUCUCCGAGAGUGUAAAAUGGAUCCACCAGACCUGAAGAAGCUGCUCCAGAUUCUGAAGACAUGUUGGGGAUGUCUAGAGAUCAAAUUCUCCCAUGUUAUUAUGAGUGAUCAGAGCAUUGAGGAAUUACUGGACCACCUACCCCAGCUCCAUAGUCUGAACCUAUUACAAUUCAGUCAGACCACUUUGUCUCUAAAGAGCACCUUCUUGCUGGCCAGUGCUGUUAGCCUAUGUAAACAAAUUCAAAAGGUGGAAGUCAGGUCCAGGGAGUUUGCUUGCCUGUACUUUACUCCUGGCAAGAGGAAAGGAGUAUCCUGUGGGCUCACAGGUCAUUGCAUCAGCCAAGUGGAUAUAAAGCAACUGUGCUGGACUCUAGGACAGUGCAAAGAUCUGAGUCACCUUGAUCUGUCAGGAAACUUGCUGGGUGAUGAAGGACUCAAAUAUCUUCUGGAGCAUUUACCUCAGAUAAAUCUCUCUGGCUCACUCAACCUAAGCCACAAUGAUAUCUCUUGGGAGGGUGCUCUGCGCUUCAUCACUGCUCUUUCUGCCUACAGACAGGUCCAUGAAGUCUCAGUGAGCCUAGACCCGGAGCAGAGGUUUCUGAUACAGUUCACAGAACACCCAGAAGCCAGAAAGACCCUGAGGCUGACCAGAUUCAACUUCCAGCAGGAGGACAUCGCCAAACUGGCCACCCUGGUGGGGCAAGUGCCAAAACUGACUGACCUCAUUGUUGAAGAGCCAUGGGUGGCCAAAACCAGUGUCACCUCAUUGCUGGAGGCAGGCAUCCAUACUUCAGGCAAUAUCACCAAGAUAAGCAUCUCCAGGCAAGAACUCCUCCUCCAAAUUGAGGAAGUGUUUCCCCAGGAGACAGAGAAUUCUGGAGUUACGACUUUCAGACUCUCUCAGUAUGAACUAGGAUCCAGCCAAACUCUUGUCAUCAGAUGGGUGGUUGAGAAGUACAUGAAGCUACAAGAGCUUAGCUGGUCCCAGGUUCACCUAUGUGAUAACAGCACCGAGCUGCUCAAGAUUCUGCUUCUAUCUCUCCUUGAAUUGAAGAAAUUCAGGCUGACAGACAGCAACAUGAGCCCUGUGGGGGUGUGCCAGGUGGCAUCUGGACUGAGUCAUUGCCAUACUGUAGAAGAACUAGAUCUAUCCAAUAAUGAGUUCAGUGUGGAAGGCACCAGGGUGCUAAUGGGAGCUCUGGAAGGGAAGUGCCAACUUAAGAGUCUGAACCUCAGUUCCCUGCGACUGGAUGAGAUGGCCUUGGAUGUACUCUCUCAGAAACUUCAGAAAAUGCCCCUCCUGCAAAAACUUGAUUUGAGCAAUAGUGGCCUCAGCAGCAUCAGUUGCUCCUGCCUAUCAGAUUCCCUCAGGAAUGCCACCAACCUAGAAGAUCUGCACUUGAGCCACAACAAGAUAGAAGAUGCUGGGGUGCAGUUUUUGGCAGCUAUCCUGCCCAGCUUGCCACAACUCAGAAAGAUUGACCUCUCGUGCAACUGCAUCAGCCCAGCAGGAGGCAAGAGGCUAGCUGAGGCACUGGCACUGUGUCACAGAGUGGAGGAGUUACAUUUAGGGGCCAAUGCAAUGGGGGACCUGAUGGCAAUGGAGUUGGCCCAGAAUCUUCCAGGGCACCUGAAGGUUUUGUACCUUGGUUUCAACCACAUUGGCCUCGAGGGGACCCUGAGCCUGGGCCAGGCCCUUGCCAGAUGCCACUGCAUAGAAGAGAUCAGCUUGGCAGGGAACAUCUUUGCCGGAGGAUUUCUCCCCCUCUCAAAGGGGCUCCUGAAGCUCAGAAAGAUUGACCUCACAUCCUGCAAAAUUAAUGACCAGAUGGCCAAACCUCUUGCCAGCAGAUUGGUUCUCUGUCAUGACCUUGAAGAGAUCUUGUUGGCCUGGAAUUCUCUUGGGAAUGAAGGGGCCACUGAGCUAGCCCAUAUUCUGCCUCAGAUGAACCAGUUGAAGAAAUUGGAUUUGGAGGGCAAUCAAAUCGGUUCCCUGGGAGCACAGUUACUGGCAAAAGGGCUGGCUGAAGGUCCUGGAAUUCAAGUCAUAUGCCUGUGGAAGAACCCAGUUCCUAAGGACACAGCCCAGUUUCUCCAACAGCAGGAUCCUAGACUGAACUUCUCCUAACCAACCCAAAUGGAGGCCCAGAACUCCUCCCUCAAGCU